AAUUCUCUUAUCAAUGAAAGAAUGGUGAGCAAGACGUGAAUCCUUGCUCUAAAAGAAAAAGAAAGGAGAGAGAGAAUCGAAAAACCCUAAAAACCCUUCAACCUUCCUUCCUUCCUUCCAAUGGCGUCUGACCGCCUUCCGCCGGACACACUCGCAGAAAUCUUCUCCCGCUUACCGGUAAAAUCACUUCUCCGAUUCCGAUCAACUUCAAAAUCACUUAAAUCCAUAAUCGAUUCUCACAACUUCAUCAACCUUCACCGCAAAAAUUCCCUCAAUAGAUCCUUCAUCCUUCGACUCAGAUCCAAUAUCUACCAAAUCGAAGAUGAUUUCUCAAACCUCACCACCGCCGUUCCACUCAACCACCCUUUCACGCGUAACAGCACCAACAUUGCUCUUAUCGGUUCAUGUAACGGCCUCCUCGCCGUUUCCAACGGCGAAAUCGCUCUCAGACAUCCUAACGCCGCCAACGAAAUCACAAUCUGGAACCCUAACAUCCGUAAACAUCACAUUAUCCCUUUUCUCCCUCUACCUAUUACUCCUCGUUCUCCAUCCGACAUGAACUGCUCCUUAUGCGUUCACGGCUUCGGUUUUGAUCCUUUAACCGGCGAUUACAAAAUCCUCAGACUCUCUUGGUUAGUCUCUCUACAAAACCCUUUUUAUGAUCCACAUGUUAGACUCUUUAGCUUGAAAACCAACUCGUGGAAAAUAAUUCCUACUAUGCCGUACGCCCUUGUCUUUGCUCAAACCAUGGGGGUUUUGGUUGAGGAUUCUAUUCACUGGAUAAUGGCAAAGAAACUUGAUGGGUUACAUCCUUCUCUAAUUGUCGCUUUUAACCUAACACUUGAAAUUUUCAAUGAGGUUCCUCUUCCUGACGAAAUAGGUGAAGAAGAGGUUAAUUCAAAUGACAGUGUUGAAAUUGAUGUUGCUGCUUUGGGAGGAUGUCUUUGUAUGACUGUGAAUUAUGAAACUACUAAAAUUGAUGUUUGGGUGAUGAAACAAUAUGGAUUAAAAGAUAGUUGGUGUAAACUUUUUACUAUGAUGAAAUCGUGUGUCACUUCACAUUUGAAAUCUUCGAGUCCUUUAUGUUAUUCUAGUGAUGGAAGUAAGGUUCUGAUUGAAGGAAUUGAGGUUUUGUUGGAGGUGCAUCAUAAGAAGCUGUUUUGGUAUGAUUUGAAGACUGAACAAGUUAGUUAUGAAGAAAUUCCUGAUUUCAAUGGAGCUAAGAUUUGUGUUGGAAGUCUUGUACCACCUUCCUUUCCUGUUGAUAAUUCUAGUAAGAAGGAGAAUCAUACAUGCAAGAGCAAGAAAAGGGACGACUUCUUGUCCGGAGGAUUUAAAUUGAGAUUGUAAGGGUUGGAAUGAAGGAUCUGUGAUGUGCAGCAGCUGAAACAGAAUUCUCAAGUUGUUUCUUGUAAUGGAAUUAGUCUGCUUGGUUUGUAAGAUUUUGAAUGGAUAAUGAAUGGAGCUGCACUCAUUUUGAAUAGUAUGUCUGAGAUCACACUUAUCCCUCUUGUUUGGGGUGUGAAGAAUUUGAUGAUGAAUCCUCUCUCUCUCUGGCCUUUUCGAAAAGGAUCGUCUGCUUUUAUCCUUUACUUCUAAUACUAUUGAAAAAAUAUGGAAUAGUCCAUAUUUGUAAUUGAAACUCUCUACUUGCUACUUCUGCAAUUAAAUUCUCUACUUGGUAUCUCACUCAAUUUAUCAUUUCCAUUA